AUGAUCGUCAUAGGCAAACGCUCUAUCCUAAAUUCUAGAAGACAACCGGAACUAUUCGGAAUGCGGCUAGGAGCUGUUAUGGUCACUGGAAUCAUCCUAGAUACAAUGUUCAUGAAACCAGACAAUUCCCGAAAAGGCGUCCAAGAGCGUUUAGGAUUCUUCGCAUUCGCAAUGUCCACAACUUUUUACACCUAUGCGGAAGCGAUUCCGGUCCUCUCUCAGUCCAUAAUCUUGAUCCCUGCUCUCGUCUUCCUCGCCGGAAGCUUUGUAGCCACCACGUUCCGGGCUGUUGGUCUCGCCGGCGGCGCCAUCGGUUUCCUUUUCUUCACCAUAUUGGCCUCGUUUUGGGCCGAAAGCUCCUUCGUAACGUUCUUGUCCGGCGUCAUAUCGAAUGUGAUGCUCGGAUUCACCAUCGUCGUAGCGAUCCUUGCCUAUUUCCUCCUCUUCUCUGGAUUCUUCAUCUCCCGGGACCAAAUCCCUCUCUACUGGAUCUGGUUCCAUUACCUCUCCCUCGUGAAAUACCCAUCCGACGAAAUAUUUCGUCCUUGGGAUUCAGUUUUUCGACAAUUCGCCGCUCGGGCAGGUGCCGUGAAAUUGAAUCUCCUGAAAAGCAUGAGCGGCAUUUUGGGGAUCAAUAUGGCGGCGGAGACAUGCGUGACUACGGGGAUCGACAUUCUGAAGCAGCAAGGGAUUACAGAUAUUAGCAAAUGA